AUGACUAAAGAGGUUAAAAGAAAAAAUAAAAAGGAAGAGGAUGAAAAAGAAGUAAAAGAAGAAAAAAAAGUAGUUAAAAAACAAAAGGUUGAAGAGUCAUCAUCAGAAAGCGAAAGUGAAAGUGAUAGCAGUAACAAUAGCGAAAGCGAUAGUAACAAUAGCGACAGCGAAAGUGAAAGUAAUAAUAGUGAUAGUGACGAUGAAAGUGGAAGUGAAAGCGAAAGUGAGGAUGAAAAACCAGAUAAUAAAGAAUCAGAAUCAGACAGUGAUUCAUCAGAAUCAGAAUCAGAAUCAGAGGGUGAAAAGGAAAAAAGAUUAGAAAAAGAAAAAAAAGCAUUUGAAAAAUUAUCACCAAAAGAAAAAAUAGAUUUUCAAAAAAAGAAAAUAGAAAAAGAGUUUAAAGAUCAAGAAAAAGAAAAAAAAAGAGAAAAAGAGAAAAAGUUAGUUAAACUUGAACAACAAAAAAAAGAAUUAGAAGAUAAGAAAUUAAAAUCUAAAAACUCUGAAAUUUUAAUGUAUUUAGAUACUUGGAAGAAUGAUAAAUCAAGUUGGAAAUUUGAAAAAAAUACUCAAGUACAAUUAUUAAAAAAUAUUUACUCAACAGAUUUAUUACCAGAGAAGUUUUUCGAAAUUACUUUAGAGUAUCUUGCACCACUUAAAGGAUUGGUCAAGGACAGAACCAUCGAAGAGGCAAAACAACAAGUUUCAAAAUAUAAAAGCAGCCAAAAUAAAAAAACAAUUAAAAAAUCAAAAGAUGAUGGCGACAGUGAAAGUGACAGUGACAGUGACGAUGAUGAUAAUGAAGAGAAGAUUAUUUUUGAAAGAGCCCAAAAAAUAAUAAAAGUUUUAAUUAAAUAA